AUGCCCAAGGUUCUAAAGGGAAUCUGGAAUCACCCAGUGGACAAGGACUGGGAUGUCCAGCAUUACGCUAUAUUCCACCUCGCCGUGCUAAGUCUCACCGACAAAGCUUGUGAGGACGAGCUUGGGGCUCCGAGAAAGAUCCUGCUUGAGCAAUACAGAGCUGAAGUAUCGCAAGGCCUGAACAAACUCGAAAUCCAUGCUACCUGCACGACCAGCACAAUGCAAACGCUCCUGCUGUUCACUAGCUACUUCGCCUUUACGGGCCGCAUAGUCCGCACGAGUCACCUUGUCGCUACAGCGGUGCACGCUGCGCAGCGCAUGGGACUUCACAGAGAUGGCGAGGGCUCCGAAUGUGUUUCUCUGUGGGACGUCGAGCUCCGACGUCGCCUGUGGCACUAUUUGGUGCUCCUCGACACCUUCUGCGUCAGCAAUAGCGGUUACGGCAGUACGAUCCCACCAGGUUCUGCCGACACCCAGCUACCCGUCAAUGCUGAUGAUGGUUCAUGGGACUUUCCGACGCCCCUGGCAGAGCCCGGGUUUACCCAAAUGACAUUGGCCCUCGUCCAGUACGAAGCUGCAGCCCUUCUACGAGCUGUAUAUCGGUUCAACGUACCCUACAGCAAAAAAGACCACAAAUAUGCGGAGUUCCACAAUCAGUUCCGGGAACACACGUGGGCUGCUAUUCAACAAGCGUACUUCCAAGAGCUCGUCGACGAGAACACAGGUGAAAGCCAGUCAGCAGAUAUCUCGCUGAUGACAAUGCUCGCCGAUGCCAUGAUCCAAAGAAUACGCUACACACAGUUCAUCCAUCUGGCAGCGAGGAAUCCAUGCAAUGGCAACCCCUGUGGACUCAACCAUGCGAUCAUGGACCUCGUACUGCAAUUCUGCGAAAGUGCCCAGGACGUGAUGGCGACGCACGGCACAUACCGCCUCGACUGGAUCAUCCUCCCUAUUCUCUCCACUUUCCCCCUGGCUUCCGGGAAGGCGAAGGUUGCACGGAACAUCAUCAACGAGGCCCUUCGCGAGCUAGUAAAAGAUCAAGACACCGAUCACGACGAGAGUGCGUUCCCGCCCGGGAUCAACCUGCCCUAUCAGUGUCUGAAGCACAAUUGCACUGCCAACGCUACCUUAAUGGCGCGUCUGGAGAAGCUGCGCUUUGGCAUCACGCACCGUCAGAAAGCAGAAGAUACACUUAACGACUCGAAAGUCCUAGCCCUUCGGCAACGCAAGCACUCACAAAGGAAUGGUUGCAAUGAUCAGGAGCGGUGGCAUAAUCCUGAGCUGUGGAAGGAGAUCGGUUUGAGGCAAGGCACCGUCAUGAGGACUACCUUCCUGGAUCAAGGUUUGCCUCCAGCAUGGCGGUAG